ACUACAAGAGCUGCUCGUGGACUAAGCAUUUGAAUUUGAACACAAUGUUCAGAAUGCUUCAGGUGGCAUUCUUUGUUUUAGUAAUCAGUGUCUUAGCUGACCAGGGCUAUCAUUGCAUGGAAAUCAUCGGUGGUCGCGAUGUUAAACCUCAUUCAAGACCUUAUAUGGUGUCCAUCCAGGCUGACAACAAACAUGUAUGUGGAGGAACUUUGAUCCAAGCAAAAUGGGUGAUGACUGCAGCAAACUGUCAACAGUCGAUCAAGGACACGAAAGCCACAGUGGUUCUUGGAGCUCAAUCACUCCAAAAGAAAGAUAAGGCUGAACAAAAAAUUUUGGUUAAAAAGCAUUUCAUACACCCUGAAUUCAAGAAUAAAAUAGACAAUGACAUCAUGCUCCUAGAGUUAGCACAAGGUGCAAAUAUUAAGAAGAAGGAAAUAGAAAUCCUGAACCUGCCAACUUCCGCAAAAGACCUUAAAUCUGGAGUAAAAUGCACCAUCAUUGGAUGGGGACAAACCAGUCCCAGCGAUAAAACACUGUCUGACACCUUGAAAGAGGCACCUGUAUCUGUGAUUGACCGGAAAGCCUGUAAUAGUAAAAAAUAUUACAAUAGGAACCCAGUUAUAACAGACAACAUGAUUUGUGCAGGCGAUAAAAAGGGCAAAAAAGAUUCCUGCCUGGGUGACGCAGGAGGCCCAUUAAUGUGCAAAACAAAGACCCUGAGUCGGAAGGAGGUAAUUGUUGGAAUUUCUUCAGCUGGGAAGGAUUGUGCGAUUGCCAGACACCCUGGCAUUUAUACCCGGCUAACAGACAAAUAUUUAACCUGGAUCAAGAAAACAACUGGUGUUGUAAAUUUUAAUGAAACAAGUGAACAAAUCUAAUGGAAAGUUACUGCAUUUUUGUUUGUCGCUAUUUAGAUUGCAAUUUGCUUGUACUUGGAUCAAUCAAUGGGAACCUGACACAUGAAAUAUAUGUUACUGAAAUUGUUUGGUCACUUGAAAUUUUAAAGAAACCCAUGUUUAUUUUUAGUCAUACAUGUAAAAGGCUACUCAAUAUCCUCAGAUUUAAUGGUGGCUUGUGUUUUUGAAAGUCCUGGUUGCAUAAAUUUACUGUUCAUUUUUUCGAGCUGAUUUUAUAAUUAUCUCUCUCCUACACAACUGUUGUUAUGUCAAUAUUAUUUUCAUUCAGUCCGGCUUGUGGACAAGUCAUUGGACAUUUUUGAUUUUAUUUCCGCUGGUGAUGUCCCUCAGAUGUGUUAUCAGCAAUGUGGCUUCAUCAGCUAUUGUUGACAAAGAGACAGAAAUGCUGUAAAGUUUUAAUUAACAGCAGCCAACACAAACUGCUGUAAACGCAUGUCAAACCCCAUCACUCCUGAUUGUGCAGCUGGUUAGAGAUGUGAGUGGUCAUGAAAAGGCAAAUCGUGCCUGAUUCUUGCUCACAGAACAAUAAAUGGUUGCACGUUGGCGAUUGAAUGGGUUUCAUGUUUAUGCUACUUUUAAUGCAAAUUCAAUUUUUGUGUAGCUUUGGAAACUUUUCUUAUCAAUUUAAAAACAUUUAAAUGUGGGCUUGUGGAAACUUGCCUGAUACACAGUGUGAAAAUUGACAGUGAUGAUAGAAACCUGUGUAUAUUUCUUUUGUUUAUUUGCCAAUUCACAUGCUCAUGUUAUUUGGAACAUACUUUAAAUUGUUACAAUAUCUUUUUUACCGAAAAGUAACAAUGCUGUUUGAAAUGGUUUAAUUGUAAUUUGCAGGAAAACUGAAAUUCAAUCCUUAAAAUUUUGCUUAUAAUGAGCUUUGAUGAUUAAUACGUAAUAACAUUUUAAAAAUAUGUUGAAUACUA